AUGGAGGUACGGCACAAGCUAGAGAAGCGAGAGCUACUCGCCACCGCAGAGAGAAUGAAAAAGGAAGUGCCCAAGAAAGAUAAGAAAAAGCUCAAGGAAACUAACCAAUUGGUGGCCAAAAUGCAAAAGGAACUGGCCUUGAAGCAAAAACUUGAGUUGGGAUUGGCGGCCGCAGGCGUUUCUGAUGCAGAUUUGACCGAAGCCGUCCGAUCAAAAAUCCAGGUGAUGUCUGUCAGUCAACCCACGGGCGACAACACCGAGUCUCAAGAAACUGGAG